AUGGUUUUGCCUCCGGGAUUUGAGAGUGAAAGGCCAAACCAAGUAUGCAGACUUCUACGUUCAUUAUAUGGUUUGAAGCAGGCAAGUCGCCAAUGGAAUGUCAAACUUACUACAGCUCUCAUUCAAGUUGGAUUUAUUCAAUCUCAGGCUGAUCCAUCCUUGUUCACUAAGAAUGAUGAUGCUGGUUUUAUUGCCAUUCUUGUCUAUGUGGACGACAUACUUGUAGCCAGUGCUAGCCUGAAUCUCAUUACAGACCUCAAACAGUUUCUGGAUACUACUUUUCGAAUCAAAGACUUAGGACCCCUGGGAUAUUUUUUGGGGAUUGAAACACACCAAGGAAAGGAUGGUUUAAGCCUCUGUCAAAGGAAAUACGCCCUCGAAAUAUUAGAAGAAGCAGGGUUCCUUGAAAGCAAGUCGGCCAGUACUCCCAUGAUUCCCGGAUUAAAGCUCAUACAUGGUGAAGGAAGGCUCCUCUACCUCACAGCCACGAGGCCUGACAUUGCCUAUGCCACUCAGCAGUUAAGCCAGUUCGUCGACUCCCCAACAGACAUACAUCUUACAGCAGCACACCAGGUGCUGAGAUACAUCAAAGCUUCACCUGGCCAAGGGUUGUUCUACCCUUCACAAACAGAGUUACACCUUAGAGCUUUUUCAGACUCCGACUGGGCGGCUUGCAUCGAGACACGCAAGUCUGUUACGGGCUUCUAUAUUUUUCUUGGCCCCUCUCUAAUCUCAUGGAGAUCGAAGAAGCAAGUCACCAUCUCCCGUUCAAGCUCCGAGGCCGAGUACCGAGCUCUUACAGCUAUAGUGUGCGAGGUUCAAUGGCUCACAUAUCUUCUUAAUGAUCUUAGAGUUACAACUACUAAAGAUGCCACCUUGUUCUGUGACAACAAAUCGGCAAUAGCUAUAGCCGAAAACUACGUUUUUCACGAACGCACCAAACACAUAGAGAUCGAUUGUCAUGUGGUUCGUGAGAAAGUGAUGCAAGGCUUAGUAAAGCUCCUAUCUGUCACCUCUGCAAAUCAAACGGCGGACGGAUUCACAAAACCUCUUCCCACUUCUCCGUUACGCGCUUUCGUUCAUAAGCUUGGCAUACAUGACAUGUAUGCUCCAGCUUACCGGGGGGUAUUGGAUGAGACCAUUACACCCUCCACAACAAAUAAUAAGUAG